AUGAGUUAGUAUUGCAUAUAUGAGGAUCAUAAUGAAGGAACAAUUAUUGGAGUUUGCACAAAAUUAAAUUGCAAAUAUAUGGGAGCAUCAUGCAGUACUUGUUUGUAAUCAUUCCAUAACAAACAUUUUUAAGAGUUUUUUUUAGAUUUCAAAGGUUUAUUACAAAAUUGGUAAUAGAAAAUUAAAACUUAUUGUAAAUUAAAAAGUCUUUAAUAGCAAUUUAAUAGACUUAAUAUUGAUUUAGAUGAUAUGAUUGUUAGAUUCAACAUAGAAGUACAAGAAUAAAACUUUGAACAUUAUACACUAUAAGAAUUAAAAGCAUUAACCCAAAAAUUAGCAUAUCUAGGUUUAAUAGAACAAUAUAUAAAUCCCUUAGAAGAUUUAAUUUAACGAAUGCAUGCUUAAAUCAAGUCUGUGAAAGAUUUAUCUCUCAUUUAAUUACGAUUCUCUAACGAACUCAAGUCUGAUAAUAUUGUUCUUAACAUUCAAGGAAGUAUUGCAUCUACUUCUGAUGAACACUUAGGCUUAGUUUUAUGCGAAACUGGGGUUAAUAAGGAUUCGUAAGUGUAAGAAUUUACUUUUAAGAUUUUGAAAAUGGAUUGGAUGGCAAUAGGAAUUGGUCACAAAGAUCAUAUCCAAUGCAAUAAAAAAAAAUUUGAUAUUUGGGAGAAUUCUUAGCACGGAUGCUACCUUAUCGAUUCAAUUGGAAAAGUAUUCUCUCCUGGAGAUAAUAAUAAUAAGAAAAACAAUUUUAGUUUAAAAAUAAAUGAUAUUAUAACAGUUAAGGUAGAUAAAACUAACAAAAAUGUCUUAUGGACAGAUUAAAACAAGUAAUAAUUAUCGGUAAAAUUUGUGGAAUAAUCUUAGAUAAUGGAAUUUGAUGUUAGUUAAUGUAUCUGUCCUGUGGUUUGUCUUCGCAAGUCUGAGGUAUAAGUUAUUUGUUAAUCUUGA